UUUUUUCGCUUGUUCGAAUUCCUCGUAUUUGAGAUUUGUCCCGUUUUGUUUAUUUUGAUUUUAAAUUCAAUUUGACAAUGGAUGUCGAAGAGGAUAAAUUCUUCGGUUUGUGCAAAUGUUGUCUUCAAGACGGCUGCUUCAGGAGCUUGUGGGCUGAACAUGAAGACAAUGGGGUGGUGCAGAACUAUGGGGAAAUGCUCAACGAAUGCUUUUCGUUACAAUGGCCGAAACCUGACAACUUUCAUUUGGAGCAAAUCUGCGAUGAGUGCUCCAAGCGCACAGUGGAUGCUUAUAGCUUCCGACAGCUGGUCUUGUCGAGCCACAAGCAGCUUGUGUCCUGUACGGAGGAGCCGUCUGAAGUUACAGAGGUUCUUGAUUCUGAAUCAGGAGAAAUAACCCUGAUUGUGAAAGAAGAAGAGGAUUACGACGAAGAAACUGAAGAAAUGGGGGAAUAUGAAGAAAUUGGAGAAUAUGAAGAAGUGGAGUAUUUAGAGGUGGAAGAGGAGAGAGAAUUCAAAGUGGAUGUAUUAAAUUUGGGGGCUCAGCACUCUCAGCAGGAACAACUUGUUGAUGACCCGGACUAUUACCCGGAAGUGCCCAUUAAACAGGAAACAAGAUGGCGGCAGAAGAAGAAUAAAGGCGAGCGCAAGCGCACCUACAAGAACUAUACUAGCGAUGACUUGAGGCAGAGCUUUGAGGCGGCAAAAAGCGGCCGCAUGACGGUCGCCGAGGCGGCCGCCGCCUUCAACGUGCCGCGCAAGACUGUCGCCGCGCGAUUACUCAACGACAGGAGAGGCAUUCCUAUAGCCUCGAAGUCAGAGAAAGACGACGGUCUGAUGAAGGAAGUGAAGACCCUCUUAACUUACACCAAUAUGACGCCAUAUAAGACCCGUACGGCGCACUACCACUGCGCUUACUGCGGCACGGACGGACCCCUGUUCGAGGACACGGACGAGUUGCGGACCCACACAAGGACACAGCAUGCAGGCGAAAGGACCAAAGCCGUAGAAAAUUUCCUGCGUCCACUCUGGCUCAACGAGAUCCUCAAAGUUGACAUCGACAACCUCCUCUGCACCGUCUGCUGCACCGCCCUGGUGACUUGGAACGACAUGUUUAAACAUCUCACCGAGAAACAUGGUCUGGUCUUCGAUGAGGCCUACACUAGAGUCAUACCUUACAUACUCAAACCGGACCUCCUCUGUGCCCUAUGUAAGACUAACUUCCCGAACUACCACCAUUUAGACUCACAUAUGAACGCUCAUUAUAAUAACUACAUGUGCUCCGAGUGUGGUGAUACUUUUGUAGCUUCAUCCCGCUUGAAAAAACAUCUUAAAAUCCAUGAUACGGGGAGAUUUAUAUGUGACGAGUGCGGGAAAGUGUUCUCUUUAGAUAAAUACAGGAAAAAACAUGUAGAAUUAGUGCAUAAGCAGGAACAGAAAAUACAAUGUCUAUAUUGUCCGGAAAAAUUCCUAAACACGUAUCCUAGACAUUUACACGUUUUAGAACACCAUAGAGAGAAAGUUAAAACUAUAACAUGCGAGUUGUGUGGAAAGACUUUCGAUUGGCGGCCAUAUUUCCUAGCCCACGUCAGAAGGAAACAUAAUAACGAAAAGAAUUACUUUUGCAAUUAUUGUGAUAGGAGAUUUUUCAUGAAAGUUGAAUGUAAGAGACAUGAGAUGGCGGCUCAUUUGAAAGUGAAGCCGAAGUGUAGGGUGGUCGCCCAAUUGCCUCAAAAGCCGGGGAAGUAUGCUUGUAGUUUUUGCGGUAAGCAGUACUUAAAUAAAAAUUGUUUAAUAACGCAUUUCAAUACGCAUAAGGUUGUGUUGGAUGCAGACCAGUUAAACGCCAUUACUGAGAGGUGUGCGCUUAGUAAUAAUGGACUUAAUACUUCAAUUGACUCUUAAGAAUCAUACUAAAGCAUAGAGAAAAAAUUACAUAGAGUGCUCACUACAUACAUCAGUUUUGGUACCAAGACGACUAUUAUUUUCGUAUUCGACAUCUAGCAUCGAGUAGCGGAAUUAUCAGUACUGCUACUUGACAAUAGAUGUCGCGACCAACGAAAAAUCUAAUGCUCAACAAC